UUGCUCAUUUGCUGUCUGUGGACAGCGUUGUGUAUUUUAUAGUAAUUUUGUUAAAAUAAAAUAUUUUUCUUUAACAAGUGUAAGCUUAUUUUUCACCAUGAGCAUGAACAGCAUGAAUGCGCUACCCGCGCAGCCUACGGGUAUUCAGAGUACUGCAGGAGCUGUACCGAUUCGAAAUGAAAAAGGUGAAAUAUCUAUGCAAAAGGUGAAGGUACAGAGGUACAUAUCGGGUAAAAAACCUGACUAUGCACAAGGUGCCUCAUCCUCAGAAGAGUCUGAUACUGAGGACUUCAUAGAACAGCAGAGACCAGAGCGGAGACAGCAGACAUUGCCACAAGUGAUCAGCCGAAAAGAUGACCACAGUGAUUCUGAGGGAGAGGUGGACGACCCGCGUCUCCGCCGGCUGCGGGUGGCCGCGCGCUCGCCGCCCCGCCGCGCCGAGCACAAGCCCGAGAUCAUCGACGCCGAACCAGAGGGAGAGUCUGCCUCCAGUGCUGAGGAGCAACAGGACAGCUCGGAGAGCGAGGAUGAGCUGGAUGAGGAGGAGAUCGAGAGGCGGCGGCAGGCGCUUAAAGCUAAACUUGCUGCUAGGGAGGCCGAAAGAGAAGUUCUGGGCAGAGAAGAAGAUGAAGAAAUGCUUGAUGGCGUCAAAGAGGAGAGUGGUUCUUCAGACACAGAGUACACAGACAGCGAAGAAGAUACUGGGCCAAGGGUGAAACCAGUGUUCGUCAGAGCUUCCGACAGAAUGACGGUGGCAGAACGAGAGCGUAAAGCGAAGCAGCAGAAGAAAGAAGAGUCAGAGGCUCGCAAGGAGAAGGAGGAAAGGAGAAGGGAAGCGUUGAAGUUAGUCGAAGAUACAAUCCGAUCUGAGCAAAGAAAUACACAGGCUGAGCAAAAAGAGGGCAACAUAAAUGACGUAUGUACCGAUGAUGAAAACGACGAGGUAGAAUACGAGGCGUGGAAACUGCGCGAAUUGAAGCGAAUUAAACGAGACAAGGAGGAGAGAGAGGCCGUUGAAAAGGAGUUGUUGGCCAUCGAGCGCAUGCGCAACAUGACGGAGGAGGAGCGGCGCGUGGAGCAGAGGCUGAACCCCAAACUGGUCACCAACAAGUCCGUCAAGGGCAAAUACAAGUUCUUGCAGAAGUAUUAUCACAGAGGUGCCUUCUAUUUGGACAAAGAAGAAGACGUAUUCAAACAAGACUUUUCGGGACCAACGUUGGACGAUCACUUUGACAAGACUGUUCUGCCUAAGGUGAUGCAAGUGAAGAAGUUCGGUCGGUCGGGCCGCACGAAGUACACGCACCUGGUGGACCAGGACACGACGGAGUUCGAGUCGGCGUGGGGCGGCGACGCGGCGGCCGCGCGCCGCGCCGGCCCGCGCCCGCUGCUCGAGCGGCCCUCCGCCAAGCGGACGCACACGGCGUAGCCGGCUUACUGACUGCUGUAUGUAUUCUGUAUCUUUAGAUACCUCAAUAAAACUAAAUCUACCCUCAAACGGCUCCUUAAGCCAGUUGAGGGUAGAAAACAUGACAUGAUCAAAUAAUGUAGGUUAAAGUCAGGUCGUUUGAUGACAGGUCCAGGCGGUUUUGCAUUUGGUUGGUUAACCAAUAAAUGUUGUAAAUACCCGAAAAUGUACAAAUUGUUUUAUUUGACUACCUAAAGAUACAGGGUAUAGGUGUAACAACAAUACUGGUGGUCCCUUUAAAGGCAUAUAACGUCGGUUAAGAGUAAACCUGCUAAAUCCAUUUUUGAAAUUUAUUUAUUUUUAAAUUUAAUAGGCGGGUCCACACCGCAUAAAACAGCCAGUGUAUACGUGCCGCUCUCUAUGUACACUCGCCUAUUCUGUAUAAAACUAGGUACGAAUUUCACUGUUUUCAAAAAUAGAUUUGACAGCUUUAAACUCUUAGCCAACGAUAAGUCAAAAUUCUUUACGGUGUCUUGUUUCUGACCACUCCGUCACGCUUAUAUUUUUGUUUUUUUUUUUCAAAUAAAUAAAAAAAGUUGUGUGCGCAUGUCUUUCUAGCGGUAGAUUGGAAUUUACUUGAGAUAAAUUAAAAACUUUUCGCCGCAUACAAAAAACUCUACACCGUCACAUUUUUUUGGAAAAAAAAAAAACAACAAAGAAUUUUGAUCCAUAUUCGAUAUCAUGUUCUGAUUAGGAAAAAGUAGAAGAAAACUUUUUGACAUUAAAAAAAAAUGUUUUUUCGAUGCGGCAGAUCAGGUCGUUAAACUGGCCAAAGUGGCCAACCUACCAUACAAAGGCCAACAAUGUUUCGUUUGAAAAAAAAUUGUUUCUACUUUUUCCCUUUAACGGAUCCCUAUUAUUUUUGUUACACCCUGUAGAUAAAUUAAAAUGAAUUUAGGAUAACUGUAUAAUUAAGUGACAGAGGUGUGUGUGCUAGCAUAGGAAGUGACGUAACAUCGGUUUUCAUCGCGACUCAAGUGUGAUACUCGUAUUGUCAAUAAAAAUCACGAAAUUAAUAUAAGAAUUUAGAAUU